CCAGCCCGUGGCUCUGCGCGGCGGGGGGGGCGGCGGGGCCGCCGGCUGCGGGCGGUGGCGGCGGCGGCGGCUGAAGGGCAGCGGCGGCGAUGGGCGCUGCGGGCUGAUUUGUAAAGAUGGAAAGAGGGAGAGGAGGAGGAGGAAGGAACCUGGGAGGCUCUGGCUUGCACAGGAAUAUUUAUUCCCAGUCCCAGCAGCAGUACCACUACCCGGCCUCCUCCCAGGGGAGCUGCAUGGAGAUCCAGGAGCUGGCCUCCAAGAGGGUGGACAUCCAGAAGAAGCGCUUUUAUCUGGAUGUGAAACAGAGUUCCCGAGGCCGCUUCCUGAAGAUCGCCGAGGUCUGGAUAGGAAGGGGCAGGCAGGACAACAUCAGGAAGAGCAAGCUGACCCUCUCCUUGUCCGUGGCUGCCGAGCUGAAGGACUGCUUGGGGGACUUCAUCGAGCACUACGCGCAUCUGGGCCUGAAGGGCGGCCAUGGCCACCGGCACGAACACAGCAACGACAAGGAGCAGCAUCCCCGGAGGCGGCCGCAGCACCCACCGCCCUCGCCCCCGGUGUCCGUGGGCUCUGAAGAGCCCCCUCACAGCGUCCUCAAAACGGAGUACAUCGAGAGGGACAACAGGAAGUACUACCUGGACCUGAAGGAGAACCAGCGCGGGCGCUUCCUGCGGAUUAGGCAGACCAUGAGCAGGGGACCUGGCAUGAUGGGUUACUUCGGCCACAGCUUGGGACAGGAGCAGACGAUCGUCCUCCCGGCGCAAGGGAUGAUCGAGUUCAGGGAUGCUUUGGUGCAGCUGAUUGAAGAAUACGGCGAGGGGGACAUAGAGGAUCGCCGGGGGGGAGGUGAUGAGCCCCCGGAGCUCCCCGAGGGCACCUCCUUCCGAGUGGACAACAAGCGCUUCUACUUCGACGUGGGAUCCAACAGGUACGGCAUCUUCCUGAAGGUAAGUGAGGUGAGGCCGCCCUACCGUAACACCAUCACAGUUCCCUACAAAGCGUGGACACGGUUCGGGGAAAAUUUUAUCAAGUACGAAGAAGAGAUGAGGAGAAUUUACAACAGCCAUAAAGAGAAAAGAAUGGAUGCCAGAGGGGACAGUGGUGAAGAGCAAGAGGGUCUGGAAUAGAGUGCAUUGGACAAUUAACCAAACAAAGCAAGCAGAAAUUGGUGAGAGGGACUGACCUAUAGUAAUUCCAAGUUGCCCCAGUUUUUUGUAAAGUCCUUUCCUGGUAGUUCUUGCUAACUCCAGUACAUAAUGUUAUAGGAGUCUGGUUACCACGUUAAAACUAUGCCCAAAACAUCUCCGUGUGUCUUAGGAAAGGACCAACCUCCUGAGUCCGUAUGAGUCAGCUGCUUCAAGUGUUGGAGACUGUGGAAGUACGAGUAUCAGCACAAACAAAAUCCGGCACCCUGACCUUUAAAUAGUCUAGAAAAGGCUAGUGUUGCACUUAAACACGAUGCAAAAGUACCCCCACCCUGAACCUUACGAUGAGAUGUAUCGGUUUCUGCUUAUCACGAGUUUUUCAGGACUGGCUUGUGCCCGUGCCCGGUCCAAAGGCCGAGCAGCAUUGCCGUAGAGCAUUUAUGGCAAAAAUCAGCUCCACAUGAAUCUCUGGUCUGUGUGUGAGGAGGGAGAGAGGUUUGAAGGUUGGCGUCUCCUGGUUAUUGAGUUGGAAACAAUAGUCUGUUUAUGGGUAAAGUCUCAAUGACCCGUCAGACCUCAGUCACGUGCCGGUGAAGGGCGGAAGAUCUUUCGUUCAUGUUCAUUCCGUAGUUUUGUGCUGACCAGAUCACCUGAGUAUCCCAGGAAAGUGGAGUGCUCAGCCUUCUGAAUUAAUGGCAGUGAAUAAUAACCCACUCCUCAUCUCCGUGUUCUGACCAUUAGAGGCUGGUGAUCUUUUCUUUUUUUUUUUAAUGCAUUUUGUCUGAAAUUUCAGAAGGUAUUUUUGUAUUAGGCAUUCCAGCAGGCAGCUGUGGGAGCGGGUGUUGGGAGGUGCAAGGAACGCCGCAACUGAGGCUCCCAGCUUGUCUCCCAGAUUAACAUGGUUCGGGAUGUUACCUGUGCAAGGGAAGCGUUUGGGUGUUUUCCUCCUCCCGCCAUGGGGAAGACCUUUGGGGUGUUGGGUGCACAACUGUAUUCUUGUAGAAAGGCAUCUCUCAUGCUCACCCAUGGCGUGUUUCGGAAGCUGUGGUGGAUGCCACGUUGGGUUUUCUGUUGUGUUGAUUGUGGAUGGUGUUGGGGAGACAACAUCUCUGCCCUGCCAUCACCCCCUUCCCCCCCAGCUCGGAGCUGGAGCUGUCCUUGCUCCAGUCCAGAUCUGUUUUCGGUGUCAUCCUGGAGUCUUUGUGAUGUAAAUUUUAAAUCUCGUGAUACUAACUCUCUGCCUGGAGGGGGAAUGUGUGCAAUUACCUGGUUGGGAGGUUGGUGAAAGAUUCUGUGUUUCUUAAAACGUGACUAUUUAUAACAUAAGGGGCUUGUUCAGCCUUUGGACGACCAGCUCCUUCCUCCUGAACCAGUGGGAGUUUGAGCUCCAGAUACUUCUAGUAGCGUGUUGCUCACCUUUAAGAUUGUUUUAAGCAGACAUUACCAUGUCUGAUAUUUGUAAUCACUCAAAAUAUUUCAUUACAGAGUGGCCUAGUGUGCAUGUGGACCAGCUAUUUUUCCAUGCAACCAUGCCCUGUUUUGUUUUUUUAACCUUUUGAGAAACAUCUUUAUCUCCAAGCAGACUGUUCACCACUCUGAGUCUGGAGCCACCUGCACACUGCAUGGCCACGCUCAAUCCGAAUGCUGUUGCCUGUUAAUGUCAUAAUGAGAAAGGCUGAGGAGACAGGGUUGGGAACCAAGAGGAUAAUCUGGAUUUUAGCUUGGGUACUAAAACUAGUCAAUCUGUUUUAACUUUUAAAAAGGAAAAAAAAAAAAAAAAGAAAAAAAAUAACAGCUUGCACCAAAGUCACCAAAGAACCUUUAGGAAAAUGUUACAGUUGUGACAAGAAGUAAGAAAGUUAAUUUCACUGUUUUAGGUGAUUCCCCCUUUAAAACCACAUAUAGCAGUUACAGCAACCAAGCCUUUGGUUUAGUAUCAAAAACUCCCAUCCCUUUCUCCAUAGGUUCCUCUUUCAGGUCCCUUUUCAAACCUGGAAGAGAUGUUCUCGCUUCAUCACUCAAACAGCCAGUGGACAGUGAUGAAUCAGCAGGCGUUGUGCGGGGUCCUGGUUCAUCGUCGCUCUUACAGCUUUUGUCCCAAUGGUUUUAACAGGUUAAUUUAAAAAACCCCACAAAACCCCACGUUAAAAGAACUCCACAUCCUGUUCCGGUGUGAAACCAGAAUUUAGUGAAUGAGUGGUUGAUGCAUUGAUACGUUAGCGUAUCGCUGACUGCUGCUGCCCGUCACAGUGCCUGAGGUAAAAAAUUCACUUCUAGUCCAACAAACCGGAGCUAUGAAUGUACGAACUUUUUACGCUCUCCUUCCCAUUCCUGUGUGGCAUUCCUCCCCGGUGAGCUGCUUGGCAUCUCCCAUCCCUGCCCGCCUUUGCCUCAAGGGAUAGUAAAAGCUCCUGGGUUGGAAUUAGCCUGAGUGGCCAUGUGUGUUGUAAGUGCUCAUGCCUUCCCUGUGUUCCUGUAGUGUUGGUGAGGAAAUUACUCGUGAUUAGAAAGGGAUGUUUUCUUCACCGUUUUAAAAGAUGCAAAAAAGGAUGCAGAAUUGCUUUCCUUAUUGCUGCCCCUUUUUUAAAAAACCCCUUUAUCUUUUGUUAAUGAAUUGGCCUUCCAAUGCUGUUUGUUUGUAAAUGUCACCCAGGAAUCCAGCGAUGGCCGGCUACCGGGCCGGCCUGGGUUCUGGCACGCAGGUAUCCCGUAGGAUCCGCUAAUGCAUUUACUCCCCUGGCACGGGAUGCACCUUAGUAUCCAAACCUGGAUCGGGAUCUUCACGUUCAUUGCCGAUCACUCGUGGGUAGACCAGCGGCUGUGGGUUUCCAUCACAAUGGAAAGCAUCAGUGUUGGGUUGGAGGAUGAUGGCUUUCCAUGCGAUGGCAGGCAGAUGUUGGGCUGGAGGGUAGGAGGGAUGCACUUGGAGUGUAGCAAUGCAAGACUUGAACGGUGAGAUUCGAAAACGGGUUCCUUUGUAUUUUGGCAGUGCGUCUUCAGCUUCCCAGAGCAGUGACCACACGGGCUGCUGGUGUGCAGGAGGGCCCAACAAGAUGCUCGGGAACACUGAAUCCCUGAUGUGUUUUAAAUGUUUGUUCCUGACGCCCUGAAACUGCCAUGUCCCUUAAACUUGAGAAAACUCAAGCUUAUUUGCACUAGAAAGAACGGCCAAAAACAAUCCUUAGGAGGACAGGGUGAAGAGCACCGGUCUGAACCUCUUUUUCUCAUGAGAGAAUUUCCUAUUCAAGCCCUCACCUCUGUUUCAAAAUUGUACGGUCCCGGCAGAAAGUCUGUCAAUUGAAUUAUUAAAUUCUAAUGCACUUUAUAUUGUGUAAAUAAUGCUAGGAGCACAUUUCUGCUCCCGCUCCGGUAAGGGGAUGCUUUGGUAACGUAGUCUAAUGCUGAGAGAAGCCGUCUCCUGCAUGCACGUGUCUGUUAGAGACCUGUUGAUCCUGCUUGGUCCAGCUCCGCUCGUAUGUUAGAGGAGGACAGGCGCUGUAUUGAGGAUCCUCUCAAACCACCAAGAGUGGGAUGAUGAUUUGGUUUUUUACAUUGCAAUGUGCAGAGCUGCUGAGCGUCCUCAGCUCGGCCGUCGCAGCGGCUCCUCGCCCCUUCUGCAAACUGGGCUCCCCCGUGUUGCUGUCAAGGCUUAAAAUCGAGUUUUGCACUUGUGCUCUUGACAAAGCCAAGUCCAGCAGCUGCCUCGUACCUGGCUUUCCCUGCUGCUGGUGCAAAAGGCAGGAUGAAAAGCUUAUCCCAGAUGGAAGGGGAUGGGGGUCUUCCCCUGUAUUGCAGCUGCAGGGACGUUGUGUUGGGUCCAGCUCACGGAGCUGGCUUUCCUGGUAAAGUACAGAGCUGUGGAAGGGUUGGGAAGCGUUUUGCACGGGUGUGGAGAGGGAAACCCACCGGGCGCUGCGGGGGGGAUGGCGAAGCCCUCCCUCGUGGGCUCCUCGCGUGCAGCCUGGAUGGAUGGUGGACUUUACCCAGCGAGAAGCCGCAGCGGUUAUUGGUAUCUACUUGUCGUCGUAAGUGUUUCUUAUCUGUAUCCGAUAUAUACCGAUUCAUAUCCACGUAUAGGCAUUAAUAUAUUUAUGUGAGUAUAUUGUAGCCUGUAGUAGCUCGUAGCGAAAUAACCUUAUUUAUCUGAAGUGCAGUCUGAGGAGGGGGCGUCUGCUCCUGCCACCGGUCUGGAUAAACGCGUUAUUCCACACAGGGCUGGGUGCAAGCUCCUGGCCACAGCCCUCAUAAGAAUCCCAUAGGUUUUUGGCAAGGCUGCAAGGGAGACAUAGUUAAAAGAAGGCAAAGCUCUUCCUUGGAGGCGUCGUUGAGGCGAGGUGAGAGCUGUAAAGAGGCAGCUGUCGGCCACAUCAUGUCUGCGUGCCAUUUUACGACCCCGGCUCUGCAAAUCUGGACUGCCGUGUUCAUAAAAUCCCAAGCAGAAGUAUUAAAAUCACGUCCUUUGUACAAAAAAGAACCCCCGAGCAAUUAUCAAAAUCAAUGUCAGCACUUUUUUUUUUCAUCUACAGAUGUCCUAGUCUGAUAAUUGCAUCAUUUUUUUCCCCUAUGGCCUAUUGAAGUGACCUAAACUCCCAGGGAAGGGAGCUGCUGGUGGUUAGGAAGCCUUCUGCUUGCAUGACUUGCAGUCCUGUUUUCCAAUUUUAGUAAUUUUUAUAGUAGAAAGGAGUUUAUUAUUGUGUAUUUUUAUUGGGCAUAUUUUGCACCGGAUCAAAAAUUAUAUAAGCCUUUUCAGUUUCAUGGCAUUCCCACUUUUGCUGUACAUACACUAGAUAGAUGAGAUUUAUGAAAGAAUUUCUGAAGAAAAUUAGACUUUCUGUUUAAUUUUCUAUGCUGCUUACUCCAAAAUUAAGUUGCCCUUUAUUUUUAAUGACUUAACAUUAGACAUUGUGAUGUCUAAAAUUCACCUUUCCCCUCCCACUCCUCUAUUCAUUUCAAGUAAAGGUUGUGUUUGAAAUUUAGUUUAUUCAAGAAGGAGUGGAAUUAAAGGCUACACCAUAAGCUCCACCCAAGCGAGGCUGUCACAUCACGGCCUUUACCAAAAUGUAUUGUUUUGGGGUGAUCUGGUCUUGCCUUAAAAAUGUCCAAAUCCUGUAAUAGGAAAAAAGCCUCAGCUAGGGGACAAGGUGCUUGUGGGGAUUUGAAAAAAGCUAAAGCCAGAUCUUUCGCUGUUCUCUUCCUCCAAAACCUGCAGAAGCUUUCACGGGCUGACAUCAAUUUUUCUUCCUAAUAUUUUGUCAGCCUGUGUUCAGUUCCCCACCUGCACCUCAAUAAAGGCAACAGUAUAUAUAAAGCAUCGAGGUGAAGUAAAAUAUCAAGAACUCCUGAUAGAUGACAUGGAUUAAAAAUUGGUUUUCCAGAAAUGUCAAAGCGUAAAUUGAGGUUUUAUAAGCCGGAUGUCGUUUUGGCGUUUCUGUGAUGGAUGUAAUUAGAUCGCUCCUUCCCCGUGCGGAGGGAGGCGUCACGCGGAACCCGAACCCGCAGCCUCCGGGCUCUCUCCUGUGCACCAACUUCUAGAAAGGUGCAGAUGCCUGCUGGCUUCUCAUGUCUGGUGAAUGUGGUUGUGUUCCUACCAGCCUAGCCUCCAGGGGCCUGGCUGCACCCCCACAAUAAAACCGUCAUUAACGACUUGCUAAUUCAUCUUCUUAAUUGCUAGGCUGCACAGAAACGCUUGGAGUGGCACAUGAAAAUUGCUAGCUCUGCACAGAGCCGAAACUUAAAAAGGCAUAUUCUGUCUUUUCGGGGUUUUAGACCCAUCCAACACACCAGUAUUAAACUGGGAGGGGUAAUGGCUCCUGCCCUGGAGCUGUUGGUUGGACACCCAGACGAUCGGAUGGAUUUCUUGACCGCGGUGGGGGAAAUCCAUCCGGCAGGCGGGAGUUUGCAUCUGCUCUUGGUCCUGAUCAUUUGCCACGCAGAGAUUAAUUGGAGGCAAAGAUGGCCCUCGGUGGCGGCUGCUGGCAGCCGGAGAAAGCCGAGGCUUCGUGCCCAGCCCCGCUGGCACAACAUCUGUGAAUUCAUGUGUGGGCACAAAUGAACGCAGAGGAGAGGGAGAGAGGAAUAUUAGAGAUAUAUAUGCACGGACAUAUUGCAAAUACUCAUUUCCCCCCUGUUUCCAAUAGGUCCUUCCCUUGGAGACAUUAAAACACUAUCUGUCUCUUCUGUUUCCCAUAUUGGAGAUGUUCAGCGUGCAAUAGGAGCAAGAUGGGUUUCACAAGCAAUAUCAACAUACUCUACUACUAACCUUAAAUCUUUACACUGCAAAGCGCGUGCAAUAGAAUCUGCAUUUCAAAACAGCAGAGAGUAUGUGGGAUAAAAGACACGGGUUAACCCCAGGCUCUUACAAGUAUUCCCAUCUGGUCCUUGUUGGGAGCACAUGUUGUUGGCACAGUGCAGAGGGAGAGGGGGAGUAAGAGCAGAGAUAAGCGCUUCCCACCAAGGCAGAGGAACGAAAAGGCAGGAGGGGGCGGAGGGAAGCGAGGACAAGAUGCGUGCUCCAGGGAAUCAUAGAGCACAGUGAUGGUUGUAUCUGUAGUAGGAGGAAUAGGCGGCACCUUCAGCACGGGAGUCCCACAGAGCUGGGGAAGGAGACACAGAGCCUGGAUCCUAACGCUCUUUUUGGGGGCCUUUUUGGGGUGGUUCUUUUGGGCUGGUGCUCCUUCCUCUUUGGGAUCAGUAACACACUCUGCAAGUGUCUGCUCUUGCCAACAAGCCCACCAAGGCUAAGCGUGUCCUGCAUGUCCUGUUACUGCUUUUGCAGCUCUUGGAGGCUGACAUGGCUGGGCUCUUGCUGAGCUGGGAGGCAGAAGCAUAGAGUGGCACUCAAUUGUUGGUGGCCUGUCAGGUUUGCUGGUGCCAUCCCAACUUAUGGGUGUUUGCGUGUGCUUUUCACCAGAGCCUUUGCUCCGCACACUACAUCAGCUGCCUCCCACUACAGGAAUGAGUGAUGGAGUGUUGUGUGUAUUGAUGGGGCAGCUGCUCUUUUCCACUGCCAAGGAAAGGGGUUGUUGAAGGCUGGAGGGGAUCAGAUGGGAAAGAAAGUGGCUUUCAAGAAGCAAUCUCAUGCCUGCCUUUGCAAAGGGGUUUGUGUCGUUUCUAACAAGACUCUGCGGAUGAUCACCACUUGUACCGCCUUUGCAUUCCUGGGCCUGCCCCUCUGAGGUCUGAGGUGCAGCAGAGGUCAGUGUCAACAGCUGUUGAAAGCUGUGCUUUGAGCCACUGAAGUGCUGGAGUAAUUGCCUGGACUCUGGGAAAGCUAUCAGUGUGUGGAGCUGGGAUCGCUUUGGCUUUAUCCUGCCUGUGCCUGUGUUGUCCACCACUAAAAAGGGGUGGAUGAUACCUCCCUACCUCAAAGGAGUGUGACAGUUCUUGCAAUGGUCUGAUGCUGAUCAAUACUGAUGGUAUGCGAAAGCGAGACAGGGAGAAACGUGGGGUGAAAUGUAGUGUUUGGAAGGUUUGGAACCUACCUGACUCUAAACUUGAAUUUGCAAGUGCAAGGGUGCCUCUAAUGGUGCAUUUCAGGGCCACGUACAGAACAGAAAGCAUCCAUAUUUUUCCCGAGUUGAACAACCUGGGAGAAAUCUGCUCUUUCAAAUCUCCCAUGCUGGAUAUUCCCAGCUUCCCUCCCUAAGCUAUUUCACCCUACUUCCUCUCAGAUGCUUUUCCUGUCCAUGUGUCCCUUGCUUCCAUCAAAUUCUAUUGCUUUUUGCCUUACAGGCCAUGCUCUCCAGAGGAGUUAUAAAAACAGUUUUGUUUCUUCCCUGCUGCAGCUCUUACACAUAAUUAAAGGCUGUUUGUCAGGUCUGUUCUGCAUCCUUUCCAAAGGAAAUACAGAACCUUCCACCAAGCGUAAUUUUUUAGCCCUGGUUCUUGUUGCUGUCUGGUGAGUCUGUUCAAACACAAAUGUAAGGAAAGCACUAAGUGACAAUAUAAGCUCCCUGUGCCAGCAUGUUUGGAAAUACAGGUUUUCCCUUAUGUUCCUAACUCUCCCAGGAUUGUGUGUUGUCAUCAUAUGAGAAGUCACAGAAAUAUUGGCAUGAACUUUCCCUCAGUAACAUUUUUAGUGCGAGGAGAUCUGAGACUUCUGUGUAGGUCCAGUGAGAGAGAAGCUCCUCCUAUCUAACAUUGUCACCAAUCCACAUGAAUAAAUGAUUUAUAUUCAUCCAGCAGCUUCCAGAAGGGCACAUGUGUCAGGCAGCUAUUUCUUCCCUCCUCUUCCUAGGGAAAAGGCUGGAUGUGCCAAUGCAGCCCUGGUGUUUUUAACAUAAAUCAAUUAUCCCUGCUGUUCCAUGUCAGAGGGGGAUCUGGAGCGUUGUGUGCUGGCAGCGGCGGGCCCUGAUGGUUUUGCAGCACGAGAGCAAACCUCAGGGCUCACAGGGAGACCAGCCUGGCCUUGGCAUCAUUCCCACCACUUCCCUUGGCAACUGGUGUUGAGCAGGAGCUGGUUUGUCUUUGGAAGUUCCCCGUGGACCCGUGGCUGUUUUGGAAAUUGUCAUUCUUGCUUUGGGCACGGAGGAGGUUGCUGUGCUGCUGCCUGCUUGGGAAGUACCUGAUGGAAAAAGAGAGUCUCUCUCUCUCUCUCCCCCCCAGGAAGCUGGCAGGGGGAAUCCAAGGCCAGAGACCUUAGGCUCUGGGAGAGAGGUGACAGAGCAGUGCUCUGGAGUGAAUGCAGCUCAGUGUGCAGUCAACAGGUAGAUGUGUUUUCUUUGUGUUAUCUUCAGCACAGCUGCUUGUUCUUUCCUUCUAGGUGUUUGAACACUCCUGAGAUCUCUAUAGGGCUGCCUAGAACAGGAAUCUGUGAGGGAAUUGAGCUGCCUCCAAGGAUGGUCUCUCUCCUGAGACUCCAAUAAACAUAGCAAAGUGUUUGAAAAGUGGAGCAUUGUGCUGGUGGGACUUUGAAAAGAGUUUUUCCCGGGUAGGUGUCACAGUAGGGGUGAGCAGAGGCUCCUGACAGCCAUGAACAAAGGGCAAGGACUUGAUGUAGUUCUUGGCAGUAGGAUUUAUCCUAGAUUCAACAACUCAGUUAAUAUGCACAUCCCUGUAGUAACUGAUGAAGUUUUUUAAUUUAAGCAUUUUUAGUAAUCUCCCCCAUCCUGGUAAAAUUAGGGAAGGAGUUUUUUGGCUGAAAUGUUUACCCGUAAGCUGAGAAUGGGCACCGUGUUUCACAAGGUGAAUAAAACUUCUGUGCCUCUUACCUCAGAGCAUAUCCUUUAGGCUGGCAUUUUAUUUCUUGUUCCAUCUGGUUGCAAAACAUCAAGGUCACUAAAGCAGCACAGGAAGAAGCCCCUGUAGGUGUCUAUAUGGCUGAGUGCAUAGGGACAUUCUCCUCUCACUUUGCUGAUCCUGCUAGUGCUGUUCCUUCUCCCUGUUGGAUCACCAAGUUCAUGUCUUGUGCAUGACCUGGCUUGAAGGCCCUAAACCUCUUUUUUUUCCUUAGAAGUUCAGCAUCUUUUUCUUAAGCUUUUGUUAUGAAUCCCUCUUGAAAUGUUGUGCAAAGCCUGAAUGUGCCUUGCUUCCCUCCCUCACUGUGCAUUUGCUAACUGCUGCAGCCAAUGUAGGACAAAAAGAUGUGGAGCUGGUUAUAUUUUUCCCAGACAGUCGUUUUGCUCCGUGUCUGUUUUGGUGUGCUCUGGCCUCAACCAUUCCAGGGAUCCUGUUCUGCAGCUCUCACAUGCUUCUGCAGCUGUUGCAUGGGUGGUGGGGCUCUGGCAGACAUUACCUGUAGGCUGGGGCAGAUUCUUGGGGUGAAGCUGCAGCAAAGCAGGAGUUCUUUAACCCUGCAGUCAGCCAUUCCCUCAGGGAUGGCUGCCACGUGGAGUAGGGCUGCAUGAAGCAGUUACCUGGGGCAGAUCUGCUCCUGUGCUGGUGGCAGACUCGCUGCUUCCUCCGAGCAGCCGGCACCAUCUCGCUUGUAGGCAAUGUCUGACAGCUUCCCCAGGGAUGAGCUUUGCUGCAUCUGCUGCGAGUGCUGCUCUGAGCUCAGACUCUUCCUUCCCACCACUCAGUGGCAUGCCUGGAUCCUUUGUUAUGUGUAACCUCAAUUUGGUUUCUUUGAGCAGUGCCAGGAUUUCAUUCUCCCCGGGACAUUUAAAUGGGGUGCGGAGUAAUUAGAGUCACUUUUCUCUGCAUGUGUAAUAGCAAAUGCUUCCAAAUCAGUUUGGGAACCGACCCAGGGGUUUGAUGUGGGUUUGUAAAUUCAGGCACGUGGGAUGAGCGUGCCCACAGCAAAGCAGGAAGAUGUGAAGAUAAGAGCUGUGCCUCUGCCAAGCUCCUGUCUACUCUCUUGCAGUCCUAUACUGACUCCAGUUGCUGCAGUGGGACCACCAGCACCAGGAACCACCAGAGCCUGCCCAUGGGACCUGGCUCAAAGUGGCAGCAGACACCUGAGCUAGGCAAGGCACAGCCACCCACAGGUACUGUGUAUCCCGUUACAGCUCAGAAGGGAAGUGUCAAGAGCUUUAUCCUGGAUGCCACAGGAGCCCAACUCUUUCAGCUUUCCUUUUCUGCCUCUGGGACUUUCACCUCUUGCCUGGCACAUCCUCUCUGGAGCGCCUAGAGGCAUGUCUGUCCUGGGAUCAGUGUGUGCCAGCAUGCAUUGUGCACGUCCCCCUCUCCACAGCAGCAUUUCCUGCUGAUGUCAGCACAGUCAUCCCUCAGCGCUGCCAGGGGUAACCCUUUGAGCUAACCACUGAUAAGUUCCUUCUAGCUGUCUUAUUAAAAAAAAAAAAAAAGAAAUGAAAAAGAGGAGGGAGGUGGUGUAGUCGCCUGAUGAACAUUUUCAUGUAUGCUGCCAGCUCUUUACUGUGGGUUACCUUGGUGAAAGCAUAUUGCAGAGACAUUUCUUUUAAAGAGAGCUUAAAACUGUCUGUUUAGCAGUGUGUUUUUUGUGCUGUUAUGUGUGAAACCCCAAGAAAACCCCCAAUCCAGAGCAGGAGGUAGAGGUGAUGCCCAUUUAACUCCUGCCUGCAGCAACAAGCUGCAGUUUAACCUGUUGCUUUUCACACCUCUUUCCCGCUCCUAGGAGGCACCUUCUAAAGCUGGGAUAACCUCCCUAAACCUCCCUGCUCAGGCUCUUCACAGAGGGAAGUUCACCCUCCUCCUCCCCACUGUAGCCCUUGAGCUGUUGCAAUAGCCCUUGAGGUGCUGUCUCUCCUUGUUCAAAACCCCUGCUGGCCUCUUCCUCUCAGCAAGGCUGAAGAUGCUGUGCAGAACAAGCAAGAGAGCACAAUAUGGGGAUUUUUCACUUGCCUCAGCCUGAAAACCAGCUUCCUCCAGGCUCUCAGUCUUCCAAGAGCUUCCCACCUUUCUAGCCAAGCGGUUUGUUUGCUAGAAGAAAAAUUGGUAGCUUUGUGCUAGCAAUAACCAGAGUCCCCUUUCACUAGCGCAGGCAUUUUCUCCUUUGAAUUCUGUUUGAAUGCAGAAAUGAUUGUGAAAUGAGAGCGGUAAUAUUGGGAAAGGGGAAAGCAGAGUGUUCCUCUGGAUUGGGUUUGAUACAAUUUGAAGCUGCUUGUGAAAGAUUGGCUGGAAGGUAAACUGAUUUGGGCUUAAAAAAGAUGGUGCUGGUAAAGUGUGUUAGUGACUCUUCAGCAGAUGGUCCAAAAUAGCUUUUUUAUGGUCUCUGACCUCUAGGAAAGAUAACUGGAUUUUUGAUCUUAGAUUGAAGGGGCAAUUUCUGAUGGAAGAAACUUGUGUUCUUUAGAAACCAUCCCAGGCUGGCAUUUACUGUCAAAAACGUUUCAUGGGAGCGUACAGAAAACAAGCGAAAAAUCACACAUCUGAGUCAGCCCCAGGCGAGCCUUGCAGGGCGCCGUGGCUGAGCUAUGGAAUUCAGGAUAGGUCCCCGUUGUCAUCCAUCCUCCUGGUGGUCCAUGGCCACCAAAAUUUCCCACAGACGCCUGCAGGGGUGUGAUUAGUCAGGAGCUCCUGGUUUUGCAGCAUCCUGGGAUUGAUCCACAGACUGUAGAGGUGUCGUGGCCCCAAGGAAAAGCGUUGCACUCCGGCAUUCCCAUGCUGUGGAGCUGCGGCACCCGUCCCAGUGGUGGUUGCUGAGGUGGGUAUUGAGUUAGAGGGGUGCAUUUCCAGAGCACUGCUUGGUCACCAGCUGUUGUCCAGGACGCCGUGCCUUUUGGUACAGCAGUAAAAAAAAUAAACCUUUCUCUUUGAAUUUCAAGUCAGGGGCCUGUUUUCUGCCAAGCUACCCCCCACCGUUUCAAAUGUAUUUUAUUCUCCUUUUCUUUGCACUGGUCCUGUUCCGCUCCGCUCAACAGCUGCUGCAUUUAAUCCCAGAAGCUGCAGUUGGUAGGGAGCAAAGUGAUCUCCAUAUAACCUCUCUCUUACUCAUAAGCGUGCAUUAUGAAGCUUAACCGAUGGUAAUAAAAUGUUUUGCUUUCAACAUGCUGUCCCUGUGGUCCAAUGUUCCCGUCUUCAGGCUCCAUCAUUGCGGCGGGGCGACGUAUCGGAGCUGUUCUGCCGCUCCCCAGGAACGUGCCUGGGAAUACUGGAUGUAGGCCUCGUGAAUACCCAGCAAGGAGAGAUGGAGAAGGUGGAGCAGAGCCCUUUCCAUGGGUGGUGGCAUGCCCGGGUGCAAGCAGCUCCUGGAGGAAGAUUGUGUCUUGGCACUCAAGGCAAGAGGCGCUGGGGGUCUUGCUUGGCUGAGACCCAAGUGCAGGUUCCCGUCUCCGUGAGAUUGUCUGGCACUGCAAUCUGGUGUGAGAGCCUCUUCAGGGACCGCGGCGCCACGUGGGGGGAGUGGGAACAGAUUGCAGUCCUGCUGCUUGGUUGGGUUUUCUUCAUCCCUUUCACAACCACUCUGCAGGUUCAUGGCUUCAUUUGGCUUUUUGUGUUUCCUGCGUACUAAAAAAGGGCAUUUUCAUGCCAUCCUCCAUGGAUGUUUUCGUCCGGGGGGCGAAAAGGAUGUUUCUCAUCCACAUUUAAGUAACCAUAUAAAAUGUGGAAAGUCUGCUUUAGGAAUUUCAGUUUUGUUUACACACCAUUGAUGCUUUUAUUAAAACCAUCUUUUCACAUAUAAAUAAUUUAGAGGUAAUAUGAUUUUCCUGCUCUAAACCAAAAGCAGGGAUUUGAAAGCAGGGAUCUCCAAGCAUCAUUUCUGUGUCACGGUGGGUUGCAUUAGCCCUACAACUGCCUUUUGUUGAACAGGAUGGGGUUUUUCCAUAUUUGAGGUUUACAAUGUUGGGUUUCAAAGAGGAAUUUCCCAGACAGAGCCCCCCAGAAGGUAUCAGAAUAUAUGACUUUGUCAGGCAACGGUAACAGCUUUUUUUCUGGAGAUUGCCAUUUUGUAAAUAAGCUUCUUCUCCAGCAGCACAGCUACAGCUACGAAAGAUGGAUGAUUAUUUCUUUCCAGAAUGGGUCUUCCGCUGCAGGAUCUGGUUUUUAUUGUGAUAAUUAGCAUAGAAUUAAAAAUGGCCCCUCAUCUUCAGUUUGCACUGUAGUGUCUCUGGUACCGAGCAGUCUGGGAUGGUGUUUUCCUUGGAAAUAGGCUGUGUCUGGGAAUCACUUGAUUCACCACUGAAAACCAGUGCACGGAUAUCUGCAGGCUUCAAUGCAGCAAAAGCCUCUGCCUCCAAAAAUAAAUUAUUGCUCCUAAUAAACUUUCAAAUCAGUUGCUUUUUGGAGACUGGAAAAGUUGCUGAGGAUAUUUAGGUGAAAAUCUAGCGCCGUGGCUAGAGCAGAUUUUAUAAAUGCCUUUAAAUUCUGGAGCUCGGGUUAAAGGUGAGGUCACGGGCAAGCAGACAGCUUUUUCUCCUAAAAAACCUGUAAUAGCUUUUCUUUUUAAAAAUUUAACAGGGUUGCCACUCCAGGUGGAGGCAGAACUAUAAGGAGUGUCACACACAAUGACAAUAUAUCCGUAGGAGAAACCGAGGCGGCAGAAAUGCAGCACGAGGCGUAAACUUCCUGGUGAGAGCUGUGCAGGAAAUUACUGUGCAAUUGGACGCGGUGUCCUAGCAUUAGAUUUAUUAUCCACUUCCAAAUCAUCUGCCAAAAAUCCUUUCAAUCGGAAGACAGGAAAGAAUAUGUUAUAAAAAGACCUAGAAAAGGAGUCAUUUUGGCAAGGGAGUUUUCAGGCUGGUAAUUGUCCAUGCCUCUAGUCUUUGUGUUUGGGUGAGGUCAACGCUACUUCAACCAAAUGUGAUCCCAGUGCCUACAUAUGGCACAUGGUGAGAUGUGCCAGCCUUGCGGGAUCAGUCCUGGAAUGCAGUCCUGGAAGAUGCUUCUUUGCCCAGUCUAUUGCUCCACAAUUGCUUUUAGUCCCACAAGGCUCCAGCAUCACUUAGGGAAGGCCAUGGUGUGCAAGCUGGCAUGCUUUUCCCCCAUGGUGGACUUGUUCCUUGCUGGGUGGCAGGGUCAUGGCCACAUCCACGUGCUGGUGUACAUUCCCCAGGCCUUGCUGCUUUGGCAGCAAGGCUGGAUAUGUCAUUCCAGAAGUUUCUUGUCUGGAUGGUGGACUGAAAUGGUGGUGUUUACCCACCUUGCACCUCGUUGCCCUCCUCACUCCAAGGCACUGCCCAUAUCACACUGCACUUCUCCAGCUUCCACGUCUUUUCCUUUCUUUCCAGUUGUGUGCCUACAUCCAUAUCCCCUGUAUGCACAACCUUGCUCUUUGCGUGUUAAAUCCAGCUCUUUCUGGCAGUAAUGGAAAUAAGUGACGUGAGUUUGUAGCUCUGUUUUUACUCCUGGGAUAUUAGUGUUCCCUGCUGCUGGAAAACCCCAGUGCUUGAUCCCUGAUGAGAAACAUGUCUGCAGCUGUACCUGCAGCAUCCCCAACAUAUCCUGCCAGCUCCGGCUAGUUAAUACUUCUGACUGAAAAAGUGCUUUCUCCAUAAAAAAGAUUCACACCCACCUUGGACACACCAGAGGUUUCACAGCCAGAUAUUGCCCAGCCAGAUGUUGCCUUGUACAACACUUGGGAGAGUUGGUGGCACUGCAUGCAGGGCCCAGGGAGCCACUUUGCUGUCCUGUGACCAUUUUUUGGGGGUGCUUGCUGAAACAUAGUGAGAACUGAAGGUUCUGCUUUGUGUAAGGAUGGGGCUGGUUGAUGGGGUAGUCGGUGGGAAGUGUGUGUUUACUGAGGGAAAAGGGUAUGCCUGUCAUUUGUUGGGAUGAAUCCUCCUUUCCCAGCCUCUUUCCAGGAGUGUGCUGAUCCAAAGUCCUUCUCUGGAGCUUUGUUCUUCAUGAAAAUGAAGCUGGGCCGUUAUUAACAUCAGUGUUCACCAGACCGCCUUCGUUGUCUCGUCCUUGUGUUUCAUUGUCCUUUGACAGGUAGGGUGAUUAAGAGAAACAAGCCAGCUUAAUGCAUGGUCAGAAAGCUACAAUUAACGAAGCAGACCACAAAUAAAUAGGUAAAUAGGCUAAGCUGUAAGAUAGCGUGUAAGAGGAGGCAGUCUGCCUCUGCAAAGUGCAUGAUAAGCAUCGGCCAAGCUUGUUGCAGACACUGGGCAAGGCUGCUUUCGCUAGACUUUGAGUAUCCUAGUUGCAAAGGCUCGUCAGUGUUCCUAAAGGCUCUUGGUUUUGGAGUGGGGUCGUCCUUUGUUUUCUGUGCGUUGUGACCACUUGCUUCCCGAGCGGGUUCGUAGUGAUGGAGUUAAUGGAGCUGUUCUUUAUAGUAGCCUAAAAGGUGUCAGUCGUUUGCUCGUGUGUGUUCACAAGCUGAGCCGUGGCGUGAUUUGAAGCACUUUUGGUGUGGCAUGUGCAGUUGCAGUGCUGUCUGGUUUUAAUUUCCCCCGGGGUACCCUCCCCGCGUUCCCCCGUGUUUCGGACACUGAACCAAACCGACGUUGGGACUAGCACUUUAAGUACUAGUAGUCACUUUGCUUCGGACUAAACUGAGCACUGCACUUUUGUACGUACUGUUAGCACUGAGUUUUGAACUCUCUUCUUUUCCCCAUCUAUUUCCCCUCCCAGGCGCAGUGUUAAUUACGUAGGGGCCAUCAGAAAAAAAUUUUGAGGUGUGUUGGACCACUGUCCGGUGCCUGAUUUCCAUUACAUAUCCAUUAGCAACCUGAGAGUAGGGAAUUUACCCAUCCAAGCUUAUUUUACACGACAGAACCAACACCUACAUCACUGAUGUUCAGGCAGACAUGGUGGUUGUCGUAAACUUCGAGGGCACCCGGAGACCCGAGGGCAUGGCUUUUAAAAAACACCAAAGAUACAGGAGAAGUCUCAAAAGGGAUUGGGAUGGUGCAAGAUCAUCUCCUUGACACCUGGAACUGAGCGGAGCAGGAGUCGCAGGGCAGACGCUCUUGUGUCUGGUGCGAGACCCCGGUUAGUCCAUGGGACAGCCCAGUUCAAACCAGCCUGAGAUCCUGGUACCAAUAAAGGCUGAGCUCAAGCCAUUGCAAUAAAAGCCAUCAUUGUGCCUGCACUGGAAGUGCUGUUGGGAUUGGUCAUGGGCUUCAGCUGCAAAAGGUAUUUUUAAGUAAAAAAUAUCUACAGACCAUUUAGAAGAUGGAGCACAAUAACCCUGGGGUUUGCUGUUGAAUUUGGAAAGCGUUGUUAGGAGUUGAUCAGCUCUCGUGUUCAGAGGCAGUUCAGAUGUGCUAUUCCUGUUAAAUUCCUGUGGUAUUUCCGUAUGGAAGGCCAGGGAUCAGGGCUCCCUUGCCAGCAAGAAAGCAGCAGGGUAGAGUUAGUAGGAAACAUAGUCAGAAAUCUCUAGGAUUCGAAAUGUGAUCCCUGGGAUGCUGAAUAAUCUGGGUUUUGGUGUCCCAAACCACCCACUCCCAACACCUGCUAGGGUUUUGCUUCUUUAAAAGCCCCUGUGGGUUUUCCACAGCAGCAAAUAAAUUGUGGUGGGUGUGAGAGCCCCGUGUUCCCUUCACAGCGGGCUAUCCACUCUUAGGACUGCUGCUCAUCAUCCUUGAUGAGCCCACAGUCAAUCCAAAUCCUUCCCUGGCAUUCCUCCAUAAUGGGAGUUUGGGAGUUUCUCCCUGGUGACACUUGAUGGAUAAACCCUGCCAGUACAGCAUGAUCAGUGGGAAUGCAGAGAAGGGAAUUAGGUCUCCUUCAGUGCUGCUAGCAGGGAGCCAGUAUGGAAAUAACCUUCAGCAACAAAAAGAAAUGGGUGUGUUGGGUUUCCCUGUUGCAGCAGAUGGAGAAGUUUUCUUAAACAGCUCCAGUUUUAGUGGCUGGUUUUCUUGGCUUCCUUCUUCAAUAGACCUUCAGGGGCUUGGAUAUUCAGUGGGAUCCCAAGAUGGUUAAAAAUCCCAAAUCUUGAGCAACCCCAAGUAUUAUGCUCCUACAUCCUCUAUCACUGGAUGUAAAAACAGAAAUAAAAUCCACAUUUUGGGUUGGGUUUUUUCCUUCCUUCCCCCCCCCAUCCCCACCAAAUUAUCCCUGCAAAUUUAGCUUUAAAGAAAUAGCACCAGGUGAUGCUGCUGCUCUGUCUGAGGCCCCAAAAUUGUAGUGGCUGAGGGAACAGCCUCUUCAGAAAGUACCUUGGUGACUCAGAGCCCACAUCCCGCUCACUGUCACCAGGAUAAAGGCAAACCAUUUGGGAAAUUCCCCCCUGCCAGCAAGCCCACCAGUCUCACUGGGUCCUUGAAAAUAAGCUUGAGAGAAAGGGGGAUGUGGAACAGGCAUUUUUGGUCUUAUUUUGCCCCUCAGGUGUAGUUUUUUGUCCCUUGGAGAUGGCAUCUCAUCUUUUGGGAAGGUAGAAUGAAGUGUUUUCUCCUGCCCAUCACACUUGAGGCCUGAAUGCAAAUCCUAGCACAGCACCCUUUGCUCUGGAAGGGCCUUUUAGGUGGAAAAAAAGGAUUUUUAGUUGUUUGGGUUUUCAGAUAGCUCGUGGGGAAGCGGAUUGUAACAGCACACAGGCGAUGCUUUACCAAGCUUUUCUGUUCCUCCAAGAGAGACUUUUUAAUUUGCUUCCGUAGUUUAGAUUUUGUUUCCUUGAAAGUCUUUUUGGACCCAUGAAAAUGCACUUGAAAUGAGUCAAGUUUAUCAAAACAAAAUUGUGCACACACCCAUGCACCAGCCCGCGUGUUCGUGCUUGUCUCUGGGUGUGUAUACACAUAGAGAAAUAUAUUAUUUCCCAAAACAUUCCUUUUUAAAUCUUUUCUUUCUUUUUUUUUUUUUUUUUUUUUUUUUGGUUUUUUUGGGGUUAUUUUCCCCAACCCCCAGGAUAUUAACCAAAAGGUGUUUUAAAGUCAUGGCAUGAAAACUCCUAAAUGUAAAUCUGAGUACCUUGUGAUGCUAAUUAACAGGUUUUUUCCUGAAACUUUCUGUGAUGCUUAAUAUUUUCCUUAGGAAGUUUUGUUUAAUGUUAGAUCAUUGUUCUGGAGGAUGUUGGUCCUACUGGCAUUAAACUAAUGGAAAUAAAAUGCAUGUGUUACAAGUGUAGAAACGGUGAAGAAUUAAGUGUGAACUUACUGUACGAUACUGAUUCUGUUUUCAAACAAUCUGUUUUGCUGUUCAAUAGUUGACAUAUGGAAAUGCCAAUGUACUGUAAUUUAGCACUUUUCCAAUGGACCCUGUUCUCACUACGCCUGAGGGAAGAAGCAGGUUUGGCAUGAGGCCGACUGAAUGCAGCCCCUGAACCUUUUUCUGCGUGGUUUGGCACCAGAACUGGCCAGGUGGAGCUUGAAUUGGAGGUUUUCUCAUCGGUUCGGUGGCUGGCACAGGGCAGAGAGGAGUGGCUUUUCCAUCCCCGUGGUCAAACCAGGACCAUUUUGCAGCUUGGUCUGGUGAAAGGCGUCCCUGCCCAUGGCAGGGAGGGUGGAAUGAGAUGAUCUUUGGGGUCCCCUCCAUUCUGGGAUUCUAGGAUUCUGUGAUUUGGGUGCAGCCCUAGCUGUGGGUGGAUGGACCGGUGGCAUCACGCUCCACCAGCGCAUC